AUGGCUAUUGAUUCCAAUUACAUAGUAGAUGCUGAUGAAAAUGGAAUGAUGUAUGGAAUGACACAACACCAUGGACUUCAGCAUCAAUCUAGUCACUCUCACAAUUUCAUUCGGAGCAAUUAUUUGGAUUUGGUUUGGUAUCUGUAUCUUCCAAUCUCAUAUGUACAAGCUCCACCUCCCAAUACUAAUGAAUUUCCUUCGUAUAUGCUCAUGGACAUUGAUGACGUGUCAUAUGAGACACUUUAUAAUGUGCAAGAAUUUCCUUCAAUAGGUGACCCUCAUAGUGAUAUGCGUUUGGACAUUGAUGGCAUGUCAUAUGAGGAGCUUCUUGAGCUAAGUGAAUGGAUCAAUGACAAAUCAGAAAGGGGUUUGUCAGAAGACAUUAUUGCAAGACAUAUGCAAACAAAAAGUUACCUACUACCUGAGAACUUAGGGGAUCAAGAAUCUGAUAUUUGCAUAAUAUGUCAGGAUGAAUAUAAAAAUAAAGAGGAGAUUGGAAUUCUUCAAUGCGGACAUGAAUACCAUGUUGAGUGUGUAAAGAGAUGGUUACAUGAGAAAAAUGUUUGUCCUAUGUGCAAAUCAAAAGGAUUGACUAUUGAAUAG